UGAUUGUGUUCGGCGUUGCCGGUGAAGUCGCUUUGACCUUUAACGUCUCUCUCUCGCUCGAUACCCUUCUCAAUCACGAACAGACGCUGCGCUGGCGCAUGCACGAUCUCUAGCAUUAUAAUAAAUAGCAUAUAUAUACUGAUACCCGACAGCGACGGUUUAAGAGGCCCGCAUGGCCGCAUAUGUCCCUCACCCACCUCGUCCUCGUCCCUCUGACGCCCACAUCCGCCCACCUCACAGGCCGGCCUCGCUGCACUCCUCUGCCAAGCGAUCCCCUUCCGCCACCUCCGACUGGUUCGACGCCCCGUCCUCCGUGCACAACGACCCCAGCCUCGCCUUCAUCCCACCCGUCCCCCGUCUCGUCCUCGACCACGCAGAGCCCAUCCCUCGUCCGCGCACGACCCCGCCAGAGUCCACCCAGGACGCGAUGCCACUCCGCAAAGGCAAAGGCCAGCACCUUCCCUCCCUCCUCGGCACCCUCUCCACCACCACUGCCAACGACCCCGCUUUCUCUUCCAACCCCUCCUUCAACCCGCACUCUUCCAACGAUGCCUUCCUCAAACCACCCCCCACACCCCAACGAGGCCGCACCCCCGAAACGCGCCGUUUCUCCGAACUAAGCCUGCUCCCCUCCCCCGCCUGGGACUCCCGUCCGUCCUACACUAGUACUCCCCACCCUUACCUGAACGGCCUCCAGGCAGUCCCCCUAUCCGAUCACGAUCUCGCCGCCACCUCCAUCGGAAUGAUGGCCAUCUCCUCUCCCUCUUCCCACACCUCCUCCUCCGGCUCCUCUUCGUGGUCUUCGCACGAUAGCUCAGAGAUACUCACCCCUGUCGAUACAGCUCCGGUCGUACAGGAUGCAAACACGAAGGCUCAGAGAGGUCGUCUUCCACCGGCUUAUGUCGCGGACCCUAGUGCCGAUCCUGCGUCGAGCGCCCAUGCUAAUGCCAACAACUCUAAUCCUGGAAACUCUGCCUCUGCCUCUGUUUCUCCUUCUGCGACUUCCGCUCAACGACCUCAGAAACAACGCAAGAGAACGUCCAGUCGUCCCCCGCCGGCUGAGAUCACACCCAUAGAAGAGCUGGAGGAAACGACGUCGAUUCAUCGGUUGCGACAUACGCCUGAACCUGAACGGAAUUAUCGAAGUGCUAGUACGCCUCCGACUCGAGCGGCGGUUGGAGAGGCCAGUUAUGCGCCUAUGCCUCAGCCGCAGGUGCUACCGUCACAGGGCCAGGUUCGACCACCACCACCACGACCAUCACGGUCACAAACGCAGACUCAGGCUCAGGCUUCAUCACGUCCUACACACAAAAAAGGCUCAACGGACGCCUCGAACCCGCUCGUGCUCAACCUCAAACCAGGCCAGAUCGCGCCUGCCUCUAUCUUCCAGCCUCCGCCGAGGAUGACUUCUCUACAUUCUCAUUCUCAUUCUCCUUCUCAUCCCCAUUCUCAUUCCCAUGCUCCGUAUCCUCCUCCGCCUUCCGCGUAUUCCCAGCCGACUGCAGCGUAUGUAAGCCAAGGACAAGGACAAGAAGAGGAGGCGGAAUACAGACAACCCCCCCACGCAGCGAUGUAUCCCCCUUCCCAAAACUCACCAACCCUGCCAAAUCCGCCAAAUCCGCCUCGCCGCGCGAACACGAUGCCGCCCGGGAUUUCUGGGGUGGGGGAUCUAUACGGCGUCCCCCCACCUCCUCCGCCUGCUCAGUCGCCAUGGGGUGAAGUGCCGGGACAAGGGAUGAUGAUGCCGCGUGAAGCACCGGUUUAUAGACCUACGCCAUCGCCACCUGGACCUUCGCCGACGCCGCCUGGGAUGAGAGGGUCGUCGACGCCGCCUGGGAUGAGAGGUUCACCGGUGCCUCCUGCGUUGCGAGGGUCGUCGACGCCGACGCAGCCUGUGUUGAGACCUUCACCAACACCAACACCGACACCGCCGUACACACCAUCGCCGGUUAAUGGAUCUUCGCCUGUGUAUGCCUCGUCCUCGUCACCAAUGAAGGGUUCGUCUCCGGUCAACCGUUCGCAAACUUCGGCCUCACCCGCCGCGGUGUCGAGAAUACGAGCAGUACAGGGCAAUAGACGGACGGCGUCGGAGGGGGUGUUUCAACAGGUGCCGAUUCCUAAUGAUAUGCUGGGAGUGGGAGGAAGUGGAGGAGGAGGAGGAGUUCCGUUGGCGUUGAUGCCAGGCCAAGGACUGGGACAAGGACAAGGACAAGGACAGAGGUCGUCGCCACAACCACAGCCUCCUACGCCUACCUCGCACGGAUACGGACAAGAAUAUCGUAGAGAUGUGGGUAUGGGUAUGGGUAUGGGUAUGAACGCACCAGCACCAGCACCACCACCACCACCACAGUUACCGCGACACGCUACAGCCCCCUCCGUACCUAGCCGUAAUCAUCGUCGAGACCUGAGCGCACCACCGCCCCCGCUUCCGCGACAUGCCACUGCACCUCCUUCGACGACGGCACGGUAUGAACCUCCUUCACGAACCCUAGCGCAUGAACGACCCGAACCACCAGAUAUCCACGUCCCCCCGCCGCCACCACCCCCUUCUAUAUCCUCGUCUGCGAGCACGAACGGGAGGGGUUUGAAACCGAGUCAUGUGCCGAGGAGAUUGGUGAUGCCGAUGCCGCUUGCGGGCUCAGCGGGGUCUGGGUCGGUUGGCGGGGGUGGUGGGUAUGAUGGUGCUGGUGGAGGAAGUGGAGGAAGUAGAGGAGGAGAAGGUGUGGGAGGAAACUACGACCCCUACGCCAUGCCGGAGCGGAGAGUCCAGAGAUCUCAAACGAUGGACCCAGGUUCUAGUUCAUAUCAGGAAAGGUCCCAGGGACAGGGUCAGAUGCAAGGAAAAGCGAGCACGAUACCGAUGGCGCCGGUUAGUGGACCGGGUUCGAGGAAUGUGUUGAGGAAGAAGGGGACGGUGAGUAGGGGUGGCACUGGGAAUGGGAAUGGAGCUGGGAAUGGAGGGGAACGUGAACGUGAACGGCAGCCUACACUUCCGGGGAUUCAGCCGCAUGAUACUGCACCACCGUCGUCGUCUUUCAACUACCAACCUCCACCAUCCAACAACGACAACAACUAUCCCUCAAACUCAAACUCAAACUCAAACCCAAACCCAAACCCCUCAAGCUCGAACCUCAGACCACCACAACCAAGAGAACAACAACCCUACGAUCCCCCCGUCCAACCGCCCCAACGCUCCCAAAGCCUCUACAUAUACGGCGGUGACGUGCAGGUGGGGAUGCAGGCGGGGAUGGUGGAUCGGGAGGAGGUGGAGAUCGCGAUGGCGAGGGCGAUGGUUAAGGAGGUGGCGAUUAGGGAGAGGGAGGAGAGGGAGGAGGCGGCGAUUAGGGAGAGGGAGGCGACGUUGAGUACGGCGGGGAUUGGGGGCGGUGUGGGGGCGGGAGGGAUGGGAGGAAGUGGAAGUGGAAGUGGAGGGGGAGGAGGGGCGGGGAGAGAGAAGAAGGUGUCCAGGAGGUUGACGAAGAAGCGGUAGGGCGUUGGGUGUUUGGUGGUUGGUUGAGUAUGGGACUUUGCUUUGGGAGUUUUUGUUGUUGCGUUGAUCGACUUGACAUUUACUUGCUCUUGUUCUUCUUACUUGCGUUUCCUUUCUUGGGCUUGGGAUGGACUGAAAAUGCGUCUUUUGGGUCUUUGUUGCUCGUUCUCCUUUCCUGUUCUUGUUGUCGCUCUGUCUGUCUGUACGUCGUUACAUCACUAUUAUCAGUUAUUUGAAGCUCUCGUGUUACCUAAUAUCUAGUAUAUCCCACACAUCAUCAUCAUCAUCAUCAUCAUCAUCGUUACCCGGCUAGCUAAAUUACUAUAUCAUCAUCAUGCUCUGUGCUCUGCGCUAUGACUUCGCUAAUACUUUUGUUCUUAUUUCUUUUUGACGUCUCAGGCUGUUUUCUUGGAGGCCACGGCCUUGGACACUCACUCGUGCAUAUAUCACGAGAAUUAUAUACUUACACAUUCACAUCCACAUCCACAUACGACACGUUGAACGCCUUCUUCGACAUAUUUUUCCAAGGUCUGUCCGGGGAGAC